GAUCGGGCCUGUUUGGCUUCCGUCCCUCCGUGGACGAAAGAAACCCUCAUCGUCUCCACUGUCACUCCUGAAACUAAAACCCUAGGGGCACUUAGAGAUCCGAACCAUAGAGCUUCCUGCACCGGGUGUGUCUCCGGAUCACUCUCUUUUCUCUUAGUUUCAGUCGUCGUGUUAAACCUCCUCUGUGAAUUUCGGGAGGCGGAGGCGGUUCUUGAGCUCGUAGUAGGGGGCCUUCUUUUUUUUUUUUUUUUUUCCUUGCAAAGAUGUGGAACGGCGGGAUGGGGUCUCAGAUGGCCCCUCCGGGAACUGGACCGGUGGUUCCACCGCCUGCAAUGCAACCUUCCUACAGUGUCCCGCCAUCGGCUGCGGAGACGGAGGCCGCGCUCGAGGAGAAGGCGCGGAAGUGGAUGCAGCUGAACUCGAAGAGAUAUGGGGACAAAAGGAAGUUUGGGUUCGUCGAGACUCAGAAGGAGGACAUGCCCCCCGAGCACGUCCGGAAGAUCAUCAGAGAUCAUGGGGAUAUGUCUUCCAAAAAAUAUCGCCAUGAUAAACGUGUUUAUCUAGGGGCACUAAAAUUUGUUCCACAUGCUGUCUACAAGCUUCUUGAGAACAUGCCAAUGCCCUGGGAGCAGGUUCGAGAUGUGAAAGUUUUGUACCACAUAACCGGAGCGAUCACCUUUGUCAAUGAAAUUCCAUGGGUAGUUGAACCAAUCUACCUUGCACAGUGGGGCACAAUGUGGAUCAUGAUGAGAAGAGAGAAGAGGGAUCGACGUCAUUUCAAGAGGAUGCGCUUUCCUCCAUUUGAUGAUGAGGAGCCGCCCCUAGAUUAUGCUGACAACUUGUUAGAUGUGGAUCCCCUGGAGCCCAUACAGCUUGAGCUUGAUAAAGAAGAAGAUUCUGCAGUAUAUAAUUGGUUUUAUGAUCACAAGCCGCUGGUGAAGACAAAGCUUAUAAAUGGUCCUAGUUAUAGAAAGUGGCAUCUAUCUCUGCCAAUAAUGGCAACUCUUCAUCGGCUUGCAGGACAGCUUCUUUCUGACUUGAUAGACAGGAACUACUUUUAUCUAUUUGAUAUGGAGUCUUUUUUUACUGCUAAAGCUUUGAACAUGUGCAUACCAGGUGGUCCCAAGUUUGAACCUUUAUAUCGUGACAUGGAGAAAGGGGAUGAGGAUUGGAAUGAAUUCAAUGACAUUAAUAAGCUAAUAAUCCGCUCUCCAUUGAGGACUGAGUACAGAAUAGCAUUUCCGCAUCUUUAUAACAAUCGGCCUAGGAAAGUGAAGCUUGGAGUAUAUCAUACUCCAAUGGUAAUGUAUAUCAAAACAGAAGAUCCUGAUUUGCCAGCAUUCUAUUAUGAUCCUUUGAUUCACCCCAUUACUUCAAUAAAUAAAGACCGUCGAGAUAAGAAAGUCUAUGAAGAAGGUGAAGAUGAUGAUUUUGAGAUCCCUGAGGGAGUGGAACCUUUACUGCAAAGCACUCAGCUGUAUACCGAUACUACAGCUGCUGGCAUAUCCCUUUUGUUUGCUCCACGUCCCUUUAAUAUGAGGUCUGGUCGAAUGCGGAGAGCGGAAGAUAUUCCUCUUGUGUCAGAGUGGUACAAGGAACACUGCCCUCCGUCAUAUCCUGUCAAGGUAAGGGUGAGCUACCAAAAGCUGUUGAAGUGCUUUGUGUUAAAUGAGCUGCAUCAUAGGCCUCCGAAGGCUCAGAAAAAGAAGCACCUGUUCCGGUCCCUUGCAGCUACUAAAUUCUUCCAGUCGACAGAGCUAGAUUGGGCUGAGGCAGGUCUCCAAGUUUGCAAACAAGGCUACAACAUGUUGAAUCUUUUGAUACAUCGGAAGAAUCUUAACUAUCUUCAUCUUGAUUACAAUUUUAAUUUGAAGCCUGUGAAGACACUUACCACCAAGGAGCGUAAGAAGUCACGUUUUGGAAAUGCUUUUCACUUGUGCCGUGAAAUUCUGCGGUUAACAAAACUUGUGGUUGAUGCCAACAUACAGUUCCGUUUGGGGAAUGUAGAUGCAUUUCAAUUGGCUGAUGGUUUGCAGUAUAUUUUCUCACAUGUUGGGCAGCUAACUGGUAUGUAUCGUUACAAAUACAGACUCAUGAGGCAAAUCAGGAUGUGUAAGGACCUGAAGCACUUGAUUUACUACCGUUUUAACACUGGGCCUGUUGGAAAGGGGCCUGGAUGUGGUUUCUGGGCGCCAAUGUGGAGAGUUUGGCUCUUCUUCCUUCGGGGAAUUGUUCCUUUGCUGGAAAGAUGGCUUGGCAAUCUACUUGCACGUCAGUUUGAGGGCCGGCAUUCAAAGGGAGUAGCAAAGACAGUCACAAAGCAACGAGUUGAAAGCCAUUUUGACUUGGAGCUUCGAGCUGCUGUUAUGCACGAUCUUAUUGAUGCAAUGCCAGAGGGGAUCAAGCAGAACAAGGUGAGAACUAUAUUACAACAUCUUAGUGAAGCUUGGCGCUGUUGGAAGGCAAACAUUCCUUGGAAGGUCCCUGGACUUCCAGUGCCUGUUGAGAACAUGAUUCUUCGGUUUGUGAAGUCGAAGGCUGAUUGGUGGACAAAUGUUGCUCAUUAUAACCGUGAACGUAUCAGAAGAGGUGCAACAGUUGAUAAAACAGUUUGCAGAAAAAAUUUAGGUCGAUUAACUCGCUUAUGGCUUAAAGCUGAACAGGAGAGACAACAUAAUUACUUGAAAGAUGGCCCUUAUGUUACUCCUGAAGAAGCUGUUGCUAUCUAUACAACUACCGUUCACUGGUUAGAGUCGAGGAAGUUCUCCCCCAUUCCUUUCCCUCCAUUGUCAUACAAGCAUGAUACAAAGCUUCUUAUUCUUGCUCUAGAGAGGUUGAAGGAGUCUUACAGUGUGGCAGUGAGAUUGAAUCAACAGCAGAGGGAAGAGCUUGGUCUUAUUGAGCAGGCAUACGACAACCCACAUGAGGCAUUGUCACGUAUAAAGCGUCAUCUGCUUACACAGCGUGCUUUCAAAGAGGUUGGAAUUGAGUUCAUGGAUUUGUACAGUUACCUAAUUCCUGUAUAUGAGAUUGAACCUCUUGAGAAGAUCACAGAUGCAUACCUUGAUCAGUAUUUAUGGUAUGAAGGUGACAAGCGUCAUCUCUUUCCCAAUUGGAUUAAGCCUGCAGAUUCAGAGCCACCUCCUCUUUUGGUCUAUAAAUGGUGUCAAGGUAUAAACAAUCUGCAGGAUGUAUGGGACACUAGUGAGGGACAAUGUGUUGUGAUGCUUCAGACGAAGUUUGAGAAGUUUUUUGAGAAAAUAGAUUUAACUCUGCUGAACAGGCUUCUGCGCUUGAUUCUUGACCACAAUAUUGCUGAUUAUGUAACUGCGAAAAACAAUGUUGUCCUGUCCUACAAAGACAUGAGCCAUACAAACUCGUAUGGUCUUAUCCGUGGUCUUCAGUUUGCAUCUUUUGUAGUGCAGUAUUAUGGUUUGGUCGUCGAUCUCUUGCUUCUUGGUUUGACCCGUGCAAGUGAGAUUGCUGGUCCUCCUCAGAUGCCUAACGAAUUUAUAACAUACUGGGAUACGAAGGUUGAAACACGUCAUCCCAUAAGGUUGUAUUCAAGGUACAUUGACAAAGUUCACAUUCUUUUCCGCUUCACUCAUGAAGAAGCAAGGGACUUGAUUCAGCGGUUCCUGACAGAGCAUCCAGAUCCAAACAAUGAAAACAUGGUUGGUUAUAACAAUAAGAAAUGUUGGCCAAGAGAUGCACGUAUGAGGCUCAUGAAACAUGAUGUUAAUCUUGGGAGAAGUGUCUUCUGGGAUAUGAAGAACAGACUUCCUCGGAGCAUUACAACAUUUGAGUGGGAAAACAGCUUUGUUUCUGUAUAUAGCAAGGACAACCCCAACCUGCUGUUCAGCAUGUGUGGCUUUGAAGUACGGAUUUUGCCAAAAAUUCGAAUUACACAAGAAGCUUUUAGCAACACAAAAGAUGGGGUGUGGAAGUUACAGAAUGAGCAAACCAAGGAGGAAACAGCAAUUGCCUUCUUACGUGUUGAUGAUGAGCACAUGAAGGUGUUUGAAAAUCGUGUCAGGCAGAUUCUUAUGUCAUCAGGUUCAACAACAUUCACAAAAAUUGUGAACAAAUGGAAUACAGCACUUAUAGGUUUGAUGACGUACUUCCGAGAAGCAACUGUGCAUACUCAGGAGUUGCUUGAUUUGCUUGUUAAAUGUGAAAAUAAGAUUCAAACACGUAUCAAGAUUGGAUUGAAUUCAAAAAUGCCAAGCAGAUUUCCUCCUGUCAUAUUUUAUACUCCAAAAGAAAUUGGUGGACUUGGUAUGUUGUCGAUGGGUCACAUUCUAAUUCCACAAAGUGAUGUCCGGUAUAGUCAACAAACAGAUGUUGGUGUUACUCAUUUUCGAAGUGGUAUGAGCCAUGAAGAGGAUCAGCUCAUUCCAAAUCUGUACCGUUAUAUUCAGCCAUGGGAAAGUGAGUUCAAAGAUUCCCAGCGUGUGUGGGCUGAAUAUGCUCUGAAAAGACAGGAGGCACAGUCUCAAAAUAGGCGCUUGACACUAGAAGAUCUUGAGGACUCUUGGGAUAGAGGUAUACCACGAAUUAAUACCCUUUUCCAAAAGGAUCGGCAUACACUAGCUUAUGACAAAGGUUGGAGAGUGCGAACUGAUUUUAAACAGUAUCAGGUUCUAAAGCAAAAUCCCUUUUGGUGGACCCAUCAGCGCCAUGAUGGGAAGUUAUGGAACUUGAACAACUAUAGAACGGAUGUCAUUCAGGCACUUGGUGGUGUAGAAGGAAUUCUGGAGCAUACACUAUUUAAAGGAACAUAUUUCCCAACUUGGGAAGGUCUUUUCUGGGAGAAGGCUUCUGGUUUUGAAGAAUCAAUGAAAUAUAAAAAGUUGACAAAUGCACAACGAUCUGGUCUUAACCAAAUUCCUAAUCGUCGCUUUACGCUUUGGUGGUCUCCAACUAUUAAUCGUGCCAAUGUAUAUGUUGGUUUUCAAGUCCAACUGGAUCUGACAGGGAUAUUUAUGCAUGGAAAAAUCCCAACCUUGAAGAUAUCUUUGAUUCAAAUAUUCCGUGCCCAUCUUUGGCAGAAGAUACACGAGAGUGUUGUGAUGGAUCUUUGUCAGGUGUUAGAUCAGGAGUUAGAUGCGCUGGAAAUCGAAACUGUGCAAAAGGAGACAAUACAUCCCAGAAAGAGUUAUAAAAUGAACAGCUCUUGUGCAGACGUCCUUCUUUUUGCUGCUUACAGAUGGCCGAUGUCUAAACCUAGUCUCGUGGCUGAGUCAAAAGAUGUCUUUGAUCAGAAAGCUAGCAAUAAGUAUUGGAUAGAUGUACAGCUUCGUUGGGGAGAUUAUGAUUCGCAUGACAUUGAGCGGUACACUAGAGCAAAGUUUAUGGACUACACAACUGAUAACAUGUCCAUUUACCCAUCUCCAACUGGGGUAAUGAUUGGCAUUGAUCUUGCUUAUAAUUUGCACUCGGCAUUUGGUAAUUGGUUUCCUGGAUCAAAGCCGCUGCUUGCUCAAGCCAUGAAUAAGAUCAUGAAGUCUAAUCCUGCUUUGUAUGUCCUGCGUGAAAGAAUAAGGAAAGGUCUCCAGCUUUAUUCUUCUGAGCCUACAGAACCCUACUUGUCAUCUCAAAACUAUGGAGAGAUCUUCAGCAAUCAAAUUAUAUGGUUUGUGGAUGAUACAAAUGUGUACCGUGUUACCAUCCAUAAAACAUUUGAAGGAAAUCUGACCACUAAGCCUAUCAACGGUGCCAUUUUCAUAUUCAACCCGAGGACUGGGCAUCUGUUUCUGAAGGUAAUCCAUACAAGUGUAUGGGCAGGUCAAAAACGUCUUGGACAGUUGGCAAAAUGGAAAACUGCUGAAGAAGUUGCUGCAUUAGUACGGUCCUUGCCUGUGGAAGAGCAGCCAAAACAAAUUAUUGUUACUCGCAAGGGCAUGCUUGAUCCAUUGGAGGUUCAUUUGCUUGAUUUUCCAAAUAUUGUGAUCAAGGGUAGUGAGUUGCAGUUGCCUUUCCAGGCUUGCUUGAAGAUUGAGAAAUUUGGUGAUUUAAUUCUGAAGGCUACAGAGCCGCAGAUGGUUCUUUUCAAUAUAUAUGAUGAUUGGCUGAAGACAAUUUCAUCAUAUACCGCAUUCUCUCGUCUUAUCUUGAUAUUGCGAGCUCUGCAUGUGAACAAUGAGAAGGCAAAAAUGCUGCUAAAACCUGAUAAAACCAUUGUCACAAAACCUCAUCACAUCUGGCCAUCCCUAACAGACGAUCAGUGGAUGAAGGUUGAGGUUGCUUUGAGGGAUCUCAUUCUAUCUGACUAUGCAAAGAAGAAUAACGUGAACACCUCGGCACUCACUCAAUCUGAAAUUAGAGACAUAAUUCUUGGUGCAGAAAUUACUCCACCCUCACAACAGAGGCAACAAAUCGCUGAAAUUGAGAAACAGGCAAAGGAAGCUAGCCAACUUACUGCAGUGACAACAAGGACUACAAAUGUGCAUGGUGAUGAGCUCAUUGUUACCACUACAAGUCCGUAUGAGCAAGCAGCCUUUGGAUCAAAAACUGAUUGGCGUGUUAGGGCAAUUUCUGCAACCAAUCUUUAUCUUCGAGUCAAUCAUAUUUAUGUCAAUUCAGAUGAUAUUAAGGAGACGGGCUACACAUACAUCAUGCCAAAGAAUAUUUUGAAGAAAUUCAUAUGCAUUGCAGAUCUCCGCACUCAAAUUGCUGGUUAUCUAUAUGGUGUGAGUCCUCCAGAUAAUCCUCAGGUUAAAGAAAUUCGAUGCAUAGCAAUGCCGCCUCAGUGGGGGACUCAUCAACAAGUGCAUCUGCCAUCUGCACUUCCUGAGCAUGACUUCUUGAAUGAUCUUGAACCUCUAGGUUGGAUGCAUACCCAACCAAAUGAGCUGCCGCAGCUGUCACCUCAGGAUCUCACGUCUCAUGCUCGGAUUUUAGAGAACAACAAGCAGUGGGAUGGUGAAAAAAGCAUCAUUCUGACUUGCAGUUUUACGCCAGGCUCUUGUUCCUUGACUGCCUACAAGCUUACGCCAACUGGUUAUGAGUGGGGAAGGCUCAACAAGGAUACAGGCAGCAAUCCACACGGUUAUUUGCCAACCCAUUAUGAAAAAGUCCAGCUACUUCUCAGUGAUCGGUUCCUCGGAUUCUACAUGGUACCUGAUAAUGGCCCAUGGAAUUACAAUUUCAUGGGUGUAAAACAUACUGUGAGCAUGAAGUACGGCAUCAAACUAGGAACGCCUAGAGAGUUCUACCAUGAAGAUCACAGGCCAACUCAUUACCUUGAGUUCAGCAAUCUGGAAGAGGGUGAACCAGCUGAGGGAGAAAGGGAAGACACGUUCGGCUAGAAAUUGAGGAGUUUUUAACAAUUGCGUGUAUUGUAGUUCUAAUGACACGUAUUUUUGUAAUUCUGCUGCGCAAGAUUGCAGCUUCACAAAGAGGAAUUUCCCAGCAUGUACAUAUUUUUAAGAUGUUGAGCUAUUGUAAAAUUUAGUCGUACAGGCGAGGUUAAUUAUUUUGUACCCUCCGAAAUUUCAAAUUAGUCAAAGAAUUUGCCGUUGGACAAUGGAAA